AUGAACCUUGAAAAUUGUCACUGUCUAAGCACCAUAAGAAGCAAUAGCAGUUUGAGUUGGUCAAGUUAUGAGAGAAUUGGCUACGAUCCCAUUGUGUGUGUCAACAAAUUUGUGACCAGAUUGAAGAUGGGAAGCUGGAAAGCAUUGUGGAGGAAGAUCAAGAGACAAAGAAGGAGAUUCUUUAGACCUUCACCUGUGUUUCAUGUCCAGUAUGAUCCUACCUCCUACUUACAGAACUUCGAUGAUGGCUAUUCCACCGACCAGGAUAAUGUUUCUCGGUCUUUCUCAGCUCGAUUUGCAGCACCCUCCAAGAUCUUUGGGAAAAUUGAAGUGAUGGAGGAUGGAGAAUUGGAGAUAAGUCAUAAGAGUAACAUGGUGUAA